ACAAAACAUAUUUUUCCAUCUCACCAGUAAUAGGAUCUGAGGUCAGUGGGUGUUUCAGGUCUUUUAUCUUCAUGCUGUGGUACUCUGGUGACCCGACUGAGACUGAUCAGCCUGUCAAGAGGUGUUAGUCCUGAUUCGCCCUUUCUGAUCUACAACUGUUCAGCAAAGUUCAGAAACUUACAUUUAUCAUGUGAUGCACUGGAGGAGUCCCUAACCCUGGAUCAAGGAACACUAGAUAAUUAAAAGCUCCUUUAAAAUUGUGGCCUAAUUGGAAAAUCUGUAACCCAAACUUCAGGAUAAGAACUUCAUAUCCAAAUCUACUAGUUCAGACUGGAAAACACUUCUCUUUUUUCCUUUUUUUUUUUUAAAAUCACAGAGCCUUGUCCGCCCGGAGACGUGAUGGUUAACUCCUCCUGUGAGGACCACAGUGUGCUGGUGUCCUGGACUCCCUCUCCAGUUGCUGAAAUGUACCACGUGGUUGCUGUAGCUGCAGAUGGACACGUGCACACCUGCAACACCUCCUCCAGUAACUGCAGCGUAUCAGAGCUCCACUGUGACCAGCAGUACACGGUGUCUGUGACUGCUAGCCACGAAAACUGCUCCAGCAAAGCCAGUCAGAACACGACAGUGCACACAGGUCCUUGCCAGCCAAGUGAACUCUCAGUUAUUUUGCACUGCACCAAUCAAUCUGCGAUGCUGACAUGGACUCCCAGUGAUAAUGCUGUACAGUAUUAUGGCUGUGCUCAGACUGGAAAUGGAGACAUGCUCUGCUGUCACGGCACAAACCCCACCUGUACUAUCAACAACCUGGACUGUGGCACCGUUUACAACUUCUCUGUGCAGGCCUCAGAUGGAACAUGCAACAGCUCCUUCAGUGUCCCUGAGCAGAGAGGAGCAGCUCCUUGUCCUCCAGAAGCUGUCGAGGUGAAGCUGCUGCCGAUGCAGAUGGAGAUCCAAGUGAUGCAGUUCAACUGGACAGCGGUCAGCUGUGGAGACACUGAGUACCUGCUGGCUUUAACAGGAAGUCUGCUGGGAGACAGCCAGGCCCUCUUUGAGAUCACUUCCUACUGGACAAACAGGACCAACUUUGAGAUUCCCCUCCCCUGUGGUUCAUCCUAUAAUGCCACAGUGCAGAGCAGAAACACUGGAGGCACCAGCAGUAAAUCUGUUCCUCUCAGUGGAACAACAGCUCCUUGUCCACCAUCAGGAGCGGUCUACAGCGGUAACAGCUCCUUUGCAACAGUUUCAUGGAACACUUCAGUGUUUGCCACCAGGUACACUGUAUUUGACAACAGUGUCACACCAAAGAGGCGGCUGUGCAGUGUACCAGGACUCUCCUGCUCUCUGUCCAACAUCUCUUCCAACAAUCUGGUGAUCACAGCCAGCAACACAGCCGGAGAGAGCGAACAAACAAAUGUCACAACUGUGGUGGCACAAGGACGGAGGAGGAGAGAUCUACAAAUGGAUGCUCCCUUGCUGGAUGUCACACAACCAUCAGCGACUGUUGUUUCCAUUGAGUGGUCUGAAGUGGAGGCUGCUUCCUAUUACAGCCUGUUAAUAUACAAGCAGGACAACUCCAAUACCCAGGAACAAUACACAGUGUACGGGGAAAGCAUCAUCCUCACCGAUCUGAGCACAAACACGGCCUACUGUUUCUCUGUGUUGGCUGUUUUCUCUGUUGCUAGUGGACCAGAGUCAGAGCGAGUGUGUGUUCAAACAGGAUGA